AGUUACUGUAGUUAGCAUAUACAGUAACUCUGCCAUGGGCGAUGCGACGCUACUGCGGUCACAGUUUCAAGCCGGGCCAAGUCAAAUCCGGAGAUUCAAAACCGCAGUAGUUUGAAAAUGGCCGCCACGUGUGACAGCACCAGCAGCAUGUCCAACGACGUGGAAACCGUGGUAUGCGAAACCAGCUGCCUUGACGGUGCGACAACUGCGCCAGCGGGUGACCACACGUUCGACUCUACUUGCCGCAUUGAGGCAACCGUGGUCACCGGGUUGGAGCACAUCGCACGGGACGAAUGCAUCGACAAGCUGGGCGUUCGUCCAGAUACUUCGCGUGGCCGAGUGUUCUUCGAUCUUCCCAUCGACCGCGUCACCGAGGUGUGGAACCUGCAAGGUGUGGACAAUCUCUAUGUGGUAGUCUCAACCUUCUCAAACAUGGAGGUGCCCUCGUCCAAGGAGGAGAUGGAAGCAGUGCUCGUUCCUCUGGUGGAAAAGAUGCGCUGGGAGACGGCCCUCGAGGUCUGGCGGCGAAUGCGUCCGAGUGCCAAGUUUGAACUUGCCGAUUUCUUUCGCAAAUACCAAAAAGAGGCCCACAGCGGUGCCGGGGACGAGAAAGAGGCAGAAAAAAAGGAUGGCCCCAAGUUUCGGGUCACCUGUCACCGGUCGGGUGAGAACCACAAGUUCACCUCGAUGGAGGCGGCGGCCGUGUUCGGGGGUGCGGUGAACGACACCUUUGGCUGGGGUGUGGACAUGCGCAACUUUGACCUGGAAGUGGUGCUGCACGUUGACCCUGGCUGCGUGUACGUCUGCCUGACGCUGACCACAGCCAGUCUGCACCACCGGCACCUGGAGCACUUUGGACCCACCAGCCUUCGGUGCACCAUUGCUUACAACAUGCUCAGGCUGUGCGACCUGAAGCCAAGUGACAUAGUCUGCGACCCAAUGGUUGGUGGAGGAUCCAUUCCAUUGGAGGGUUGCAUCAAUUGGCCGCAAACCGUGUUUGUGUGCGGUGACAACCACCCGUUGGCUGUGCAGCGCUCUCACGACAACAUGUCCGCACUCAACGAAAAGCGUGCCAAGGCAAGCUCGGAGGGGAGUGGCAGCCAGCUAUGCAUGGAUGUUUGUCAGUGGGAUGUCUGUGCCCUGCCGCUUAGGACUGCUACCAUUGAUGUCUUCAUCACUGACUUGCCCUUUGGCAAGCGCAUGGGAUCCCGACCAGACAACCGGAUUCUGUACCCCAAUCUCCUGCGCGAGCUUGCUCGAGUGACCCGUCCUCGCACUGGACGAGCAGUGCUCCUCACUCAGGACAAAAAGAGCCUCUCAUUGGCCGUGGGACGCAUGGGCCAGCUGUGGCGUCAGCUGCGUGUGCAUGGCGUCAACGUAGGUGGCCUGGCAGCAGCCAUCUAUGUUCUGCGACGCACCGACAAGGUGCUGGGACCUUCCUAGUAACACCGACCGGAACACUACCAGUCAAGCUGGCUGGACGGUUGAGUGACUUUUCCAGAGGCAACUGAAGAGUGUGUGCAGUGUCGACAAGCCACGAAAGCGUCGUGACAAUCAGUGACGUUCUCUCAGUUCCUGCUCGACCCUUCUUACAAGCACAAGAAGGGCUAACACACCGGCUGGGCGUAAGGAUCUCAUCAGUGUCAAGAGGACACGUCCAUGUUUGUUUGUGGUGUGCAAUAAAACUUGGAAAACACUC